GAAAUUAGGAAUAUUUGUCGGAAGGCAGAAGUAUUUCCAAUAUACGAUAUAUACGAUAUAUAUCGUCGCGAUAAUAGCCAGAGUUCGAGAUGCCUUCCAUUUCACCACAGCCAAGUUUGACCGAGCAAAGUCUCGUAACUAGUUAUCAACCCCCUAUUAUUGAUCAAGGAUAAACAAUAAGACACAGCCGAUUACCAAAUGUCUUCUUCAUCAACGGAAGUUCGAGAAAAGAGCUCGGUAUCUAGCUUAGAGCUUGGGCAAGAUGUAGCACCCACCGACGUGCUUGAUGUUGAAGAAGCUCCCGACGGGGGCCUUCGAGCGUGGCUUGUUACUAUUGGAGCCUGCUGUAUCUUCUUUUCGGCUCUUGGCUUCUCAAAUGCCUUUGGAGUCUUUGAACAAUAUUACUUGACGCAUCAGCUCAAGGGACAACCACCGGACAAGGUGGCCUGGAUUGGUUCUCUAACAGUAUUUCUCCAGUUCCUGUCAGGCAACAUCGGCGGGCCAUUGUUCGAUAGUUUCGGAGCAUGGGUAAUACGACCCGCUGCAGUUCUGUACGUCUUUGCUAUAAUGAUGACUAGCUUGUGCAAAGAGUACUGGCAGUUCAUGCUGGCCCAAGGCGUUCUACUAGGUAGCGUCAUGGGCUUUCUACAGUUUCCGGCUAUGGCAGCAGUGUCCCAAUUCUUUAGUAAGAAGCGAGCAGCUGCGCUGGGCGUUGUAGUUGCAGGAUCAUCUAUUGGUGGUAUCGUCUUCCCCAUUGCAUUAUCGAAGAUGCUGAAUGGUUCGUCUAUCGGGUUUGGCUGGUCAGUUCGAAUCGUGGGAUUUAUUACGGUACCCCUCCUCGGCUUCGCAUGUGUAGUUGUCACAUCUCGCCUACCGCCACGGACAGCGACCUUCUUCCUCUGGCGGGCUUUCAAGGAGCCGAAAUUUAUCCUGUUGACGCUUGCGCUGUUCUUCAUGCUUCUCGGCGCGUUCACCCCGCUAUUCUACAUUCCAACGUACGCCGUCUCAAGGGGCAUGGACCCGACGCUCGCAUCUUACCUUCUUGCCAUCAUAAAUGCGUCAUCUACAUUCGGUCGCGUUAUCCCAGGCAUUUUGGCGGACAAGUUUGGACGAUUAAACAUAUUUGCAUUUGGUGGCUUCGUCGCCGGAAUUGUGAUACUCUGUUGGGAUAAAGCGGAAACCACUGCAGAAUUGGUGGUAUAUUCUAUUGCUAUCGGAUUUGCAUCUGGGACAGUCGUCUCAGGAGCCUCCGCGGCCUUCACAGAAUGCUCAAAUGACCCUCGAGACCUCGGUACCUACAUAGGGAUGGGAAUGGGCCUGAGCUCUUUCGCGGCUUUGAUAGGCCCUCCGGUGAGCGGAGUGCUUGUAAGCAAAUAUGGAGGCUAUUCCCAAAUGUCUAUAUUCAGCGGGGUACUUGUUUUAUUUGGAGGUUUUAUCGCACUCGCAGCAAAAGCUUCAACCUCAAAGGGCGUGCUAGGAAGGAUAUAAAUUUUAGUAUCCGCCAUUCAUCCACCUAUCCAUCAAUCUCUACUCUUAUACCUUCUAUUAGAUUUAGGCCAAGGAACUUCAAACUAGACUAGAAUACUCUAAUAAAGCUACGCAGGUAUUGCAUAUUGCUCCAAGCGUGGCUUAAGACCUUUAGCUCACGCUAUGUUCGAAAUGCUCAUACUUGUUUCGAAUGCAAUCACA